GGCGCUACCUUUGCAGGGUUCCGGCGGCGGCCGCGUCUGCGCAAGCUCGGGACGGCCUCGGGAGGCGGGGUUGGCGCGGAGUAGGGCUUGGCACUUGAAGGUUCGGAGAUUGCGGGCGCGCACAUCUGCGCUGCGCCCUCGUCCCGGUGCGUUACAGAGCUGGACGUGUCCCUCCGGGUGCCCCCUCGCUAGAGACUAUGCAGGCCGGAGUUGGGCGGGGCAGCGGGGCGAGCCAAGUUGGCAGGCCCAAUCCCUGCCCCUGUGAGGCUCUCACCGAAUACCUGCUGUCUCCGGGCAGCUGAGGAGCGCUGGGCCCCAAGCGUCGCGGGCGUGGCUGUGGCCGCGUCUCCUGGUGGUCUGAACUCGCUGCGUGUGUGGAUCCACGUGGAGCUGGGUUCCAGAGCCUCGUCCUGAGGAGAAGAGCGGCAGCGCCGAGCCGUGGGGAGGAGGCCGGGGUUCCUUCCAGGGCAAGAGCACGGCCCCGGGCAGCAGCGCGCCGCUCCCGGAGCACCGCGUUUGCCGGCCCAGCAUGUCUGCUGGCCCUGCCACGCCUAGUGGGGAUGCCCCGUGGCCCCGGCAGGCGGCUCCAGCCUGCGCCCCGCUACCUGAACCCUCGGGAGGACCACAGGGCUGUGAACGAAAGACAGAGAUUUGGACCUAGUGAAAGGACACCGCUCCUUAGCCCCAGCUAUGGACUCCACAGCAUCAGCUUCCUCUUCUCAGGACCCUGCUCUUCCUCCAGAGAGAUUCCUGGGAGAAAAGGGAACAACGAAUUCAUUCCUGAAAGCCAGGCCUCAGGACCUGAUGACAUUUGAGGAUGUGGCAGUGGAAUUCACCCAGUGGGAAUGGGGGCAGCUGAACCCUGCUCAGAAGGACCUCUACAGGGAGGUGAUGCUGGAGAACUUCAGGAACCUGACCCUCCUGGGCCUUCUGGUAUCGAAACCAUAUGUGAUCUGCCAGUUGGAGGAAGGGGGCGAGUGCUUCAUGGUGAGGAGAGAAAUCUCAAUAGGAGCCCACUCAGCAGACUGGGAGAGAAGGUCUAAAUCCAAGGAAUCAAUGCCAAGUCAGGGAAUUUCCAAAGAAUUAUUCCAGGUAGCAUCAGUGGAAAAACAUAUUCCAGAUGAGCUGCAGUUCUUGAAGCUGAAAGCAGCCUGUGGUUGUGAUGGCCAGGUAGAGAUGCAGCAGAUAAAACAGGAGAUACACCUGAAACGAAUGUCAACCACUCACAAAUUUGCUACCAAUCUUAGCAGAAAUUAUGAAUGGAAUGGAUUUGGGAGAAGCUUAGGUUUAACAUCAGUCCUUGUUAACCAACACAGAGUUUUGAUGGGAGAAGGAUCUUAUAAAUGUGAUACAGAAUUUGGACAGACUUCAGGGGGAAGUAACUCUCAGAGAACCCAUCCAGAGAAGAAAUCUUGUAAAUGUAAUGAAUGUGGGAAGUCCUUUUACUUCCAGUCAGAACUUAGGCGCCAUCAGCGAUGUCAUACUGGAGAAAAGCCCUAUGAAUGUAGUGAAUGUGGAAGAGCCUUUGGUCAUAUUUCAUCCCUUAUUAAACAUCAAAGAACUCAUACUGGAGAAAAGCCCUAUGAAUGCAGUGAAUGUGGGAGAGCCUUCAGCCAGAGUUCAUCUCUUGUUCUGCAUUAUAGAUUUCACACUGGAGAGAAACCCUACAAAUGUAAUGAAUGUGGACGAGCCUUUGGUCACACUUCAUCCCUUAUUAAGCAUCAGAGGACUCAUACCGGAGAAAAGCCCUAUGAGUGCAGGGAAUGUGGGAGAACCUUCAGCCAGAGCUCAUCACUCAUUGUGCAUUAUAGAUUUCAUACUGGAGAGAAACCUUACAAAUGUAAUAAAUGUGGGAGAGCCUUCAGCCAGAGUUCAUCUCUCACUCAGCAUUACAGAUUUCACACUGGAGAGAAACCCUACAAAUGUAAUGAGUGUGGAAGGGUCUUUGCUCAUACUGCAUCUCUUAUUAAACAUCAGAGAAGUCAUGCUGGAAAAAAACUCGUAUGAAUUCAGUGAAUAUAGAAGGGCUUUCAGCUGGAGUGCAGUCAUCACCAGUACUUAAGAGAAUUCAUAUCAGAGAGAGAUCCUAAAGGUGUCAUGUAUAUGAGAAGACCACAUCUUGUUCCACAUCAGGCACUAAUUACUAAAGAAAAUCCUAUCAAUGUCAAGAGAGGGUGGGCUUCAGCCAUAUCCCCUCUCUUACCACACAUGGGAGAAUCCAUACUAGUGAAAAACAACAUGAGUAUAUUGAAUGCAGGAAGGCUUUGAUCAGAGGAUGCACAUUAUACAGCAUCAGAUAGCUGACACUGGGGACUACCCUUAUUAAUGCAGUGAGUAUGGCAAGCCUUCAGUUACAUGUUGAUUCUUUAAGAAAAUCAGAUAACUUGUACUGGAGAGAAAUUCUGCAAGUGUGGUACGUAUGGUAAAAUCUUCAAUUGUAUUUAUUCCUUUACUAAGCAUCAAGAACACAUGCUAGAGAAAAGCCCUAUGAAAGCAGAAAAUAGAGGAAGGCCUUCAGUCAGAGCUCAUUCCUUAUUAAGCAUCAGAAAAUUCAUAUUUGAGAAAAACCUUUGAAUGUGGGCAAUGUGGGAGAGCCUUCAGCCAAACCUCAUUGUUUUAUAAACCCCGUAAGAACUCUCCAUACUAACUAGAAACUCUGGUAAUGUGAUGAGUGUAGGAAAGGCUUUGGUGGAUGUUCCACUUUUUUGCACAUUAGAAAAUUUCCUAGUUUCACUAAAUUUGAAGCAUGUGCUAGAGCAAUGCUUCAAAUUUAGUGAAACUGGGAAAACCCACUAUUAGAGUUCAAGCCUCAGUUUUCACCUCAAAGAGAAACCCUGGGAACAUGAUGAAUCUGUGGAAAGUUCCUUUCCAACUUGGGAUGUAUAAAACUAGAGCUGAAAAGAAGCUGAGAAAUCACCUUGUCUGAUGAUUUUCUGCCUGGUGGGGCCAUUCGUAGAACCACACUUGGGCAUUGCCUCCUCAUGCUGUUACUGAUGGGGCAGGGUGUCAUGCAUGGGUACAGAGGAUGGAGGCUGAGAAAGGUAGACAGCUACCGAUGAUCUAGCCCAGUCAUAUUUUAGAGUGAAUGAAACUGAUAUUCAGAAAGCGACAUGCCUUGGCCUGUUGUUCUAACUGGGCUGGGCCUCUUUCCUGUGGUUCACAACUGUAGUAUGGAGAUUAAUAGACUGAACCUUUGCUGUACAACACCUCCAUGCACUUCUACGGUAACACAUGUUACCUUUCUUUAUGAAGCAAUGGAGUGGUCUAGGAUUGAGCAAAAAACAGUAUUCAUUGCAUCUUUAUGCUAAUAGAUUUGGAAUUUUUGAAAUGAAAUGAAACUUUGUUUAAACAUUAAAAUUGCUA